CUGAAAGAACUAGACAGAAACAAAUAGAAAGAGUUAGAGAUAAGAGAGAAAAAGCAAUAGAGAUGAGAGGAAUGAAAGGUGAAAUUUUGCUUAACAUGCCUGCAGAAAAAGCAUGGGAAAUGUAUAGAGAUAAUGAUAUAAUUAGCAAAAUAAAUCCACAAAUGCUUGCUAAGGCUGAAUAUGUUCAAGGAGAUGGAGAGCCUGGCAGUCUUAGGUGUUUCCAUCUUGGUCCUGCAUUGAGCAACUAUGUCAAACAAUCAAUAGAAAAAAUAGAGAAGGUGGAAGAAGGGAGGUUAGUGACAUACCAAGUCAUUGAUGGUGAUUUAAGGAAAAUGUAUAAUCCAUACAUAGUUACAUUCUCCUUCAUCCCUGUACAAGGCAACAGUAACCAAUGUGUAGCAGAAUGGAAAGCUGAAUAUGAGCCAAUUGCACCUGCUAUUCCUACACCAGAAAAAGCAAGAGAUGCUGCACUUUCAUUUCUCAAGUCAUUCGGAUAAUCAGAAGCGAAUUCAGGAUCUAAGCUUUAAGUUUCUUAGUAGUAUAUGAGUCGUCGUAUUUUAAAAGUUAUGUGUUCAUAUUGGGUUCAAAUGAGCCUGGUACUCUAUGCUCGCCUCUGAAUUCAUGUUUUGUUUAGGAGCGAAGAGGUCAUUUUGUUACAUGUACUAUACAAAAUGAUCUCGCCAAUAAGCAUAAGCGGAUACAUGAUUUGGAGUUUAGUUAUAAAUUUUUGUUGACAUCUCAAAUUAAUAUGUAAUAAUAACUGGUUUGCUCGUCAAGUAUUUGAUGUGUUAGCUUGUAAUAUAGUUAUGUGUUCAUAUUGGAUUCAAAUGAGCCUGGUACUUUAUGUUCGCCUCUGAAUUCAUGUUGUGUUUAAGAGUAAAGAGGUCAUUUUGUUACAUGUACUAUACAAAAUGAUCUCGCCAAUAAA